GGAGUGUGCAACACGGUGUGAGCUCCAGUGGAGGCUCCGGCUGCAUCUCGAUUGGGGACGUCUUCUCGGUUCGCGGCCCCACCCGGCUCCUGUUUGAUGCUCGGUGACACCUGCAUCCGCAAGUUGACUGGCGUGGGAAGGCAGAAGAGUUGGGCAAGGCGGGCACCAUGGCGUCCGAUUGUGAGCCGGCUCUGAGCCAGGCUGAGAGCCGCAACCCCACCCUGGAGCGAUACCUGGGGGCCCUUCGAGAUGCUAAGAAUGACAGUGAACAGUUUGCUGCCCUGCUACUAGUAACCAAGGCAGUCAAAGCUGGUGACAUUGAUGCGAAAACCCGACGGAGGAUCUUUGAUGCCGUGGGCUUCACUUUCCCCAAUCGGCUCCUCACCACUAAGGAAGCCCCCGAUGGCUGUCCUGAUCAUGUCCUUCGAGCUCUAGGGGUGGCCCUGCUCGCCUGCUUCUGUAGUGACCCUGAGCUGGCUGCCCACCCCCAGGUUCUCAACAAGAUUCCUAUCCUGAGUGCCAUCCUCACCACCCGGGGUGACCCCGACGAUGCAGCCCGCCGCUCCAUGAUUGAUGACACCUACCAGUGUCUCACGGCUGUGGCCGGUACUCCCCGAGGACCCCGACACCUCAUUGCUGGUGGUACCGUAUCUGCCCUGUGCCAGGCUUACCUGGGGCAUGGCUAUGGCUUUGACCAGGCCCUGGCCCUCCUUGUGGGACUGUUGGCAGCUGCCGAGGCCCAGUGCUGGAAGGAGGCAGAGCCCGAGCUGCUGGCCGUGCUUCGGGGCUUGAGUGAGGAUUUCCAGAAGGCUGAGGAUGCCAGCAAAUUUGAGCUCUGCCAGCUGCUGCCCCUGUUUCUGCCCCCGACAACCGUCCCCACUGAGUGCCUCCGAGAUCUACAGGCUGGGCUGGCACGGAUCCUGGGCAGCAAGCUGAGCUCCUGGCAGCGCAACCCGGCCCUGAAGCUGGCAGCUCGCUUGGCACAUGCCUGUGGUUCCGAGUGGAUCCCAGCCGGCGGGUCUGGGGGCAAGUUCCUGGCCCUGUUAGUGAACCUGGCCUGUGUGGAGGUGAGGCUUGCCCUCGAGGAGCCCGGGGCAGAAGUGAAGGAGGACGUGGUGACUGCAUGCUAUGCCCUGAUGGAGCUGGGCAUCCAGGAGUGCACCCGGGUCGAGCAGCCGUUGCUGAAGGAGCCCCAGAAAGUGCAGCUUGUGAGCAUCAUGAAGGAGGCCAUUGGAGCUGUCAUUCACUACCUGCAGCAGGUGGGGCCAGAGAAGCAGAAGGAGCCUUUUGUGUUUGCCUCGGUGAGAAUCUUGGGUGCCUGGCUGGCCGAAGAGACUUCAUCCCUUCGAAAGGAGGUCUGCCAGCUGCUGCCCUUCCUUGUCCGAUAUGCCAAGAGCCUCUAUGAGGAGGCUGAGGAGACGGGCGAUCUUUCACAACAGGUGGCCAAUCUAGCCAUUUCUCCUACUCCUUCGGGGCCAUCCUGGCCUGGCGAUGCCCUCCGGCUCCUCCUGCCGGGCUGGUGCCACCUGACUGCAGAAGAUGGGCCCCGGGAGAUCCUCAUCAAGGAAGGGGCCCCGUCGCUGCUUUGCCAGUACUUCCUGCAGCAGUGGGAGCUCACAUCUCCUGGCCACGACACUUCGGUGCUGCCUGACAGCGUGGAGAUUGGCCUGCAGACCUGCUGCCACAUUUUCCUCAACCUCGUGGUCACUGCACCCGGACUGAUCAAGCGGGACGCAUGCUUCACAUCCCUCAUGAAUACUCUAAUGACUUCCCUGCCUUCGCUGGUUCAGCAGAAGGGGAGGCUGCUCCUUGCUGCCAACGUGGCCACUCUGGGCUUGCUCAUGGCUCGGCUCCUCAGCACUUCUCCAGCUCUCCAGGGGACCCCCGCCUCCCGUGGCUUCUUUGCAGCCGCCAUCCUUUUCCUGUCUCAGUCCCACGUGGCCAGAGCCAGCCCUGGUGCCGAGCAGGCCACUCUGGCCCUAGCCCCCGACUAUGAGGGGGUGUGGGCCGACCUGCAGGAGCUGUGGUUCCUGGGCAUGCAGGCCUUCACAGGCUGCGUGCCUCUGCUCCCCUGGCUGGCCCCAGCUGCCUUGCGUUCUCGCUGGCCUCAGGAGCUCCUGCAGCUCCUGGGCAGUGUCUCCCCAACCUCAGUCAAACCUGAGAUGGUGGCUGCCUACCAGGGUGUCUUGGUGGAGCUGGCCCGAGCCAACCGCCUCUGCCGGGAAGCCAUGCGGCUGCAGGCCGGGGAGGAGACUGCCAGCCACUACCGCAUGGCAGCCCUGGAGCAGUGCCUCUCAGAGCCCUGAGGGAGGCGCUUGCCUGCCACCCCCAUCUGGCCCCUGCCCUGGCCACCCAGGAGGGAGGGGAGAGAGGGAGGGAGGGAGGGAGGGAGGAGGUACCUUCCCCAAACCCGCAAGCCCCCAGCUUUCUGGCUUUUCUGUACUCAGCCGGGCCUAGGGCCGGAGCAUGGAGCUGGACCCCUGGCAAAAGAGCUACAACCUACUCCCCUGGGGUGGGGAAGGGCAGCAAACAGCAGUGUUGUGACUUGUGGAGGACUCAGGAGCCUUCUUCCCAUCAGCCACAGCUUUGAAAUCAGUGUUUGUGUCCCUGAGAAGGAUGGUGCAGGUGGAGUUCCCCCAGGCCCACAGUAUGGGGUGCCUUUCCCCCAGGAGGUAGGGCAGAGGAGGUGAGAAGGGACAGGUAGGCAGGCAGGCAGGCAGUGGUUGUGUGGGCUUCAGUCUCUGCCGGUGGGCCCUGCCGGCCAGGGCAUGGGCUUCCCUUCCUGUGACCCCCUGGGAUCUCCUGGGGUAGAGAUGGGAUCGAUUGAAUCCUCCCUGACCUUGCUAAGAAGAGAAGAACCUUCUCUCCGACUGAGCCCCACCUUGGGGACCCAGGGGUCUGCAGGCUCUAGUUCUGAUGGUGGGUGAUGUUGGGGGAAGAUGAUUAUUUUUCUUCCUGCACCAAGCUUGGAUGUCUCCCCUUCUAGCCCCUGCCUGCCUCUCACCCUCCUGCCCUCUAGCCCUGCCCUGCUGGAGCCAAGAGCCGGGGGACAGUUCCCUGGAUCCGCAUGUCUCCCUUCCUUUCCCCUAGUGACUGAUUUUCCAUUGUUGUGUUGGUGCCUGGCUUCAGCUCCCUUUCCCUCCCAGCAACUGACUUCUCUGCAUGGAAACUUUGGCAGCCGUCAGCCCCAGCAGACGCUGUCUAUCCCACAGGCAUGGGGAGGGGGUCCCCUUGCCCCACUCACCUCGUGUUCUGUAGAUGUGCCAAGCUCGAACUGUAUGCCUGUGGACAUUCAAUAAAUAGUUAUUGGUGAUAAUGGA